GUGGGAUUUAUCCUACUGGGUGUUGGAGAAUGACUGCGGUCCGCUUUCGCGCGCGUAAAAUUGUACGAUUCUUCUCCCUGAUUUAGUCUGAAAAAUGGGGUUAACGUGCGCUUGAAACUUUUCACUUCAAGGUGGAAAAAUGUAGUCUAAUUUAUUUCAAUAAUUAAAGCAACGUGGAGGAGGAAUGGGUCUCAGGACUUCGCUGCUUCCGACGCUCCUCCUGGCGCACUUUUGCGCGCUGGCUCUCGGGCAGGUGUUCAACAUGACGCUAUCCGUGAAAGAGGGCCUGCCUGCCAAAACCAUCGUUGGAGAUCUGGGAGCGGCUUUAAGUAGACCGAGCACCGGAUUCUUCAUCUCAGAGAGCAGGGACUCCUACGUGUUCAGAGACCUGGAGAUUGACGCGGACACGGGCAUCAUCUCCUCAGCUGUGGUCCUGGACAGAGAGAGUAGAGAUAAGUACGAAUUUGUGGCCGCAACACUCUCUGGAGAGAUGAUCAAAGUCAAAAUAAAGGUGGAAGAUGUGAACGACCACUCACCUGUGUUUCCCACUGAGAAGAUGGAAUUGGAAAUAUCAGAGUUAAGUCCGCUUGGGAGUCGCUUUCCUCUUGAAGGUGCAAAAGACCUGGACGAGGGGGAGUUUGGUACUCAGGGAUACCGAAUAACAGAGAGUGAGAUGAGCGAGUUCUUUUCCCUGGAUUAUCGUACUGGAUCUGAGAACCAUCUCACCUUGGAUCUCAUCCUUAGGAGCAAACUAGACCGAGAAACUCAGGACUUCUACGUUCUGACAGUGGAGGGCUUUGAUGGUGGGGUCCCGGCCCGGACAGGGACCCUGCAGGUCAGCGUCCGUGUCCUGGACGAGAACGAUAACCCUCCUGUGUUCAACCAGACCGAGUACCAUGCCUCGGUGCGCGAGGAUGCUCCCGUCCCAUCCGUGGUGUGUCAGGUGCAGGCCAGUGACCGUGACCUGGGGGACAACGGCAGGAUCACUUACGAGAUCAACAGGCGACAGAGUGAUCCGAAUGCUGUUUUCUCAAUCAAUGAAACCACCGGGUUGGUUUAUCUCAACAAGCCACUUGAUUUUGAGACUCAAGCUUUUCAUGAGUUGAUCAUCAGUGCGAGAGACAAUGGAGCUCAACCUGAAUAUAGCAGCACCUUUGUGGGUGUGAGGGUGCUCAAUAUCAACGACAACAGCCCGACGAUCAGCGUGCUGUUUCUCAGUGAGUCAGGAGACUCGGUGGUUUCAGAAGCGGCGACAAUCGGGGACUACGUCGCUCGGAUUUCGGUGUCAGAUCCAGACUUUGAGGAAGAGAGGAUCGCUGUGACUCUCGAGGGUGGGGAUGGAAAAUUUAACCUGAAGCAAACAGAUGACUUUCUCUAUGCCCUAUGUGUAAACUCUGAGCUGGACAGGGAAGACAAAGACCUGUAUGAGUUGAGGGUGGAAGCAUCAGAUUUUGGGAGCCCUCCUCUGAGCAGUGAGGUGGUUCUCCUCCUGAGGGUCUCGGAUACAAACGACUGCCACCCAGUCUUUGAAAAAGAUGUCUACCUAACAAGCAUCCCCGAGGACGCUCCCCGGGGGAGUUCUCUCGUACAGAUUCAGGCCCGAGACUCUGACGAUGGCGUCAACUCACAAAUCAGAUACUCCAUCCUGAGGAGCAACCGGGACAGCCUGAUCAGCAUCGACUCAGAGUCGGGCCUGGUGACCACUGCUGGGGCGCUGGACAGAGAGACACAGGCGGAGGUCUGGUUCCUGGUGGUGGCAGCUGAUGGAGGGGAGCCAGCUCUCUCAUCAACAGCCACAGUCACGGUGUCGGUGGAGGACGUCAACGACAACGAGCCCGUGUUCCAGCAGCAGCUGUACAACGUGUCCGUCCCAGAGCACAGCCAUGUUGGAAGCUGCUUUUUGCAAACGCACACCAUGCGGCCUUUUCCAGUCAGGCUCCAUGGCCUUCGUAUGACAGAUGGAACGACUGGUGCCACCCUCCUGCAGCCUGGCACAAACGUUGUCGCCACAGAUGCAGACAGCCCUGCGUUUGGCACACUGUUGUACUCUCUUUCUGACGGCUUUGGUAGACAGGACCAACACCCCCUCUUCCAAAUCCAUCCCCACACAGGAGACCUGUGCGUCUCUCAGGAUAUCGAUCGAGACACGGGACAGACUGUCCAUGACAUUCUGAUCAAAGCAGAAGAUCCAGGUGGCCUAAGUGCCCAAACAUAUGUCCACAUUGAGAUUGAAGACUUGAAUGACAACACUCCUGUGUUCAACCCUGAAGAGUACACAGUGAGCGUCAGCAGCCACGCAUCACCUGGUACAGAAAUCAUCAAUGUUCUUGCAACUGACAGAGACUCCGGCAAGUUUGGACAGGUCACCUACAACAUUUUACCUGGAGACAUGUCCAGUUUAUUUUCACUGGACAAACAAACAGGAACGCUGCUCCUAAACUCUUCACUGACCCAGCUGGGCGCAGCCAGUGUGAAGCUUUUAAUAACAGCACAAGAUGGAGAGGGCUUCGUCUCAGCCAGGCCUGCCGAGGUCACCGUUAAUAUUUUACGAAGUGCCCGGGCUCCAGCCAUAUUCCAGAGGUCACGCUACUCUUUUACAGUUCCUGAAGAUGCACCGCCAGGGACUUCUGUGGGAGCUGUGGCGGCCGUUGACCCGACCGAUUCCACAGAAGCUAUUUCCUACAGAAUCUCCUCUGGAGACCCUCAGGGUUUGUUUUCCGUUCAUCCAAAAUCCGGCCUGAUCAGGAACGUCAAACCUCUGGACCAUGAGUCGCAGCCAUACGCCCUCCUGGUCCUUCAGUCUUACACUGAAGCCUCUCCUGUCUACAGCACCACUCAGGUCAACAUCACCAUACAGGACGUCAAUGACAAUGCUCCCGUCUUCCCCAAAAGUAGUGACACCAUCACAGUGUCACGAAACACUCUGCCGGGAUCCGUGCUGUUUAUCGCACAUGCUCACGACUAUGACAGUGGUUCCAAUGGGAAGGUGCAGUAUUACCUGAAAAAUGACAAAGAGGGGCUGUUUGUUGUCGACCGUGACCUGGGAACAGUUACACUUAAACAGCGUUUACAGGCGGGUCAACAGCAAAGGUACAGUCUAGAAAUUGCAGCGGAAGAUAAAGGAGAGCAUUCCCUGAGCUCAGUGCUGACCCUCUCAGUGACCAUCGAUCAAACUGCUGCUGAGGACAGCCUAGCCUUUGAGACGCUGGUGUACCAGGUGGAGAUCGGCGAGGGCUACCGUAAAGAUUCCCGCGUCAUCCAGCUGAGGGCGCACUGGACCCGUGGAGCUCACAUUUCAAACACGCGCCUCACUUACUCUUUAGAAACCGAAACUGGGUUCCCUACAGCGCCUUUUCGUGUUCACCCGAAGACGGGAUGGCUGUAUCUCUCCCACAAUCUUGACUAUGAGACCGAGACAAGGUAUCGUUUUCAAGUUUUAGCCACAUCCGGAGACGCCCCGUCGGGACACUCCACAGCAACGGCCUCAGUCAUCGUGCUAGUGUUGGAUGUGAAUGACAAUGCUCCAGUGUUCAGCAGUGAGGUGUACUACUUCACUGUGCCCGAGGGGUCGUCACCACAAGGCCUUGUGGGAACAGUCAAGGCGACCGAUAGGGAUUCUGGGAAAAACAGCCAGCUGUCCUACAUCCUACUCUCAGAUGGGAAAUUCUUUCGCAUCAAUUCUAAAACAGGUAAAGACAAACUCAUCAGCCUGAGUUUGGCUGCACAGCGGGGUGUUCCUCAUGGUUGUCGCGCUGUCCUUCCAGGAGAAAUCAUCAACUGGGUGGCGUUGGACCGAGAACAGCAGGGACAGCACAGUCUGAAGGUGAUGGUGACAGACCAGGGUCACCCCCGACGCAAUGCCACCACUACUGUCCAUGUCCUUAUCUCUGACAUCAAUGACAACAUGCCACAGUUUACACAUCUCCCCGUCAGCAAAGAGCUGAGUGUGCAAAUAUGGGCUGGUAUCCCCACAGGAUCCUUUGUGACAAACAUGUUUGCCAAAGAUUUGGAUGCAGGAGAGAAUGGCACAGUAACUCAUUCACUAGUCACAGUUGGUCUAGAAAACGAGGAUGCCGGGCACUUUGACAUUGACAGUAAGACUGGAGAAAUCAGAACAACGCAGCUCUUUAUCAAAAAAGCUGAACCAAGCUACACAUUGAAAGUAUCUGCAAAGGACAGCGGCUCACCCCCUCUGGAAGACAGUGCAGUGGUUCAUGUUCAGAUUUAUGGAUUAGACGACCUGCACGACAACUCUGACCAUCAAGCUCUGAGAUGUUUUUCAGUGAGGGAAGACACCGAGCCUGCCGCUGUCAUCGGCUCUGCCAGCGUCUCAGACGAUGGCAGGUUGCAGUAUACCAUCACUGAGGGUGAUGGGAACUUUCACUUUGGCAUUGACAGUUCCUCUGGAGACAUCUACAUCAACCACCCGCUGGACUACGAGUCUGCCAUGCAGUACUUGCUGGUGGUUCGAGCUGAGGACGUGGGCUCCGGUGUGAACGUGUCUCUUCCCGUCAGCGUGAUGGUGGAGGACGUAAACGACCACACGCCCUGGUUUCCUGAUAAACUGGUGACCUUUGGUUUGAGGGAAGAUGCUCCAGUUGGAUCGCUGGCCUUUGCUUUUCAUGCCAGAGAUCCCGACGGAACUUUUCCAAACAGCGCUCUCCUUUACAAUCUGACCUUCGACCCUGAAGUUAGUGGGUCACCAGCGGAAUUCCCCUUUCACAUCGACCCGUUUACGGGGAGUCUGACCGUCGCCGCGCCAUUAGACCGUGAGAGCAGCCCAUCUUUUGCCUUCACUGUCACAGCUACAGACCAGGCGGAGAGGAAGGAUCAGCGCAAACAGGCGUCUGUGACAGCUCAGCUCUACCUCCUGGACGUGAACGACAACCAGCCAGUGUUUGUCUCAGCAGACACUGUGCAUGUGAUGGAGGACUCAGAGGUGGGCAGUCUGCUGCAUCAUUUUGUGGCAAUCGAUGGUGAUCAAGGCGAAAAUGGGAUUGUUUCCUUCUCCAUUUUGGCUGGAAACGUGAGAGGUUUCUUUGCACUCGAAGAGAAAACAGGGCUCUUGUUUCUCUCUUCCCCUUUGGACUAUGAGACGCAGCGCGUCCACCACCUGACCGUCCGUGCGGUGGACCACGGCCUCCCCUCUCUCUCGUCCACUCAGACUUUGACUGUGGAGGUGGGUGAUGUGAACGACCAGGCGCCUGUCUUCAGUCAGACAUUCUACAACUGCAGUGUGGCUGAGAAUAGACCCCCUGGAGAACCAGUGCUCCAAGUUUCUGCAACUGAUUUGGAUUCAGAGGAGAAUGCUGUGGUGUGGUACAGUCUGCUGCCCGGUCCAGGCUAUGAGCUCUUCAGCAUCAACCCAUACACUGGUCUGAUUACCACCGCAUCCCACCUGGACAGAGAGCAGCAGCAGCACUUUACGCUAAGAGUCCAGGCCCGGGACAGCGGAGCUCGACCUCUGUCGGGGACGAGCACGGUGCUGUGCUCUGUGCUGGACGACAACGACAACCCCCCGGAGUUCAUGCAGUCAUCGUUCCGUAUCAGCCUGCCCGAAAACCUUCCUCCUGGGGUCAUCCAUACCGCUCUGGCCUCUGACCCAGACCAAGGAGAAAAUGGCACUAUAUACUACACAAUAUUAGGCGAGGACUACAGAGGACGAUUCAUCAUGGACAGUCAGACCGGUGCUGUCCGUACCACACAAGUCCUCGACCGGGAGGAGACGCAGAAUUACACACUCACCAUUCAGGCCCUGGACUCUGGCCUGAUCCCACUCAGCUCCACCACCCAGCUCCAACUAGUGUUGCUGGACCAGAAUGAUAACAUCCCCUCUUUCAGCCUUAACAGCUAUCGUGCCUACAUCAGAGAGGGCCUUCCCGCCGGGGCCGAGCUCCUGCACAUUAGCGCCUUCGAUCCCGACGAGGGCCCCAAUGGGGAUGUGACCUACUCGCUGAUGGAAGAUGACAGCCAGGGGGCCUUUUCAAUAGAUGCCUUUACGGGAGCGAUCCGCACCACCAGGUCUCUUGACAGAGACAGUCGGGCUCAGUACACCCUGAGAGCUGUGGCCACCGACGGCUGCACCCAGGGACCUCUGAGCUCCGUAGCAUCAGUCAGCGUCCAGGUGGAGGAUGUGAACGAUAACAUGCCGGUCUGCCAGCAGAAUCCCUCAAACGCAUGGAUUUCCACGAAGACUUCACCAAACCAGGUUGUUAGCACCGUGUUGGCGACAGAUGCCGACCAGGGCGAGAACGGGACAGUACAGUUCGCGUUAUAUGACGAGGAAAAUCUGUUUGACAUCAACCCAGAGACAGGAGAGAUUUCUCUAAGAAGACGAGUGAAGGCAGCAUUCUCUGGGAAAAAGCUGCAGGUUAUAGUUUCAGAUGGAGGACACCCUGCUCUGACCGCCACCUGCCUGGUGUUCAUCCAUUUGAAGGGAGAACAUGAGGGACUGCAGUUCACAAGCAAAGCGUACAAUGCUACUGUCGUGGAGAACAGCAGAGCUGGCACUUUCAUUGCAAAAUUGGAGGCCAGUGACCAGACCGACGGCAGACAAAGAAUCACAUACACCAUAUUUAGUGGCAACGAGAAUCACGUUUUCUCCCUAAACCAUCACACAGGUGAGAUCAGAGUGCAGAAAGAUAACUCUCUGGACUUUGAGAUGAGCCCUCAGAUCCAGCUGGUGGUGCUGGCUGACAGCGGGCUGGAGACGGCUUACUGCAGGGUAUCCAUCACCCUGCUGGACAUCAAUGACAAUGCACCAGCAUUUGAACACAGCACCUACAGAACAUCUGUUUGGGAGGGGCAAGUGCACAACACAUACAUCAUGCAGGUUUUUGCAUCUGAUGCUGACAGCGGUGUUAACGGGCAGAUUGAAUACUCCAUUGUGUCUGGUAACAAUAACGGAGCUUUCAUUUUGGACUCUGUGAGAGGCAUCUUGGCCACCAAUGUUCUACUGGACCGUGAGAUCACUUCUUCAUACAAGCUGGUUCUACAGGCAGCAGACAGGGGGACACCUGCGCUCAGCAGUACUGCCACCGUCAGGGUCCAAGUGGUGGACAUAAAUGACAACAGCCCUGCCAUCCCACCCAUGGAGCCUGUGGUUAUAGCUGAGAAUCUACCAGCUGGUUUUGUGGUGACCCAGGUGACUGCAAACGAUGUGGACUUGAGCCCAACCAUCACCUACAGCCUUUCGGACAACACUAGCACCAACGUUCCCUUUGCUAUUGAUCGUUACACCGGUGUUAUCACCCUGACCCGAGCCCUCGACUACGAGGUGGAGACAGAGUACACGCUGACUGUGUGUGCAUCAGACUCCCUGUACCAGACCACCGGAGAGGUUAAAGUUCAAGUGCUUGAUGUCAAUGACAACGCCCCAGUCUUUUCACAGGCCUCCUAUCAGGUGGAGCUCUCUGAGCUGGUUUCAGAAGAGACUGUAGUUCUGACGGUGUCCGCUACCGACAGAGACUCUGGAAUCAAUGGCAACGUCAGCUACAGGCUACUUUCAUCUCCUCUACAAGGCUUUUACAUCCAGCCUGACACUGGAUCUGUUUAUAUCCGCAAGCCCUUAAAAGACAUCACAAACAGGAACCUGAUCCAUCUUCUGAUCGAGGCAAGAGAUGGAGGGGAUCCUGUGCGCUCGACUGUCACCUGCAUCGAUGUGUUGAUUUUGGACUUCAAUGACCACGAGCCUUUGUUUCACCAGGAGGUUUACACACUCUCUGUGGCAGAGGAUACAGCUACUGACUCUACUUUACUAACCCUCUUUGCAGAAGACAAAGAUUGGAGCCCUGAAAAUACCCAUUUGGAUUAUGCCAUUAUCAGAGGAAAUGAGGAGAAACGAUUUUGUCUGGAAGUAAAAAUGUUUCCUGUAGACAAUCAAAUGAAAAAUGUUGGAAAGCUUGUUCUAUGCAAUCCUUUGGACCGUGAGACAACGGACAGCUACGAGCUAACAGUGCAUGUUUCUGACCGAGGAACGCCGUCACUGAACAGCUCUGCUGUUGUCAUGGUGUCUGUGACAGACUGCAAUGACAAUGCCCCCAUCUUUUCUAGCUCAGAGUACCACGCCCAGGUGAGUGAAAGUAGCCAGAUCGGAACCAGGCUGGUUCAGGUCAGUGCUUGGGAUCCUGACCUGGGGAUUAAUGGUCUUGUUCAAUACAAAAUUAUUUCUGGGAACAGCAAAGGUCACCUCAAGCUCGAUCCCCAGUCUGGCAUUCUGGUGGUCAACCAUCCACUUGACUAUGAGGAAGACUUCAAAUACAUACUCACCAUCAGAGCGUCUGAUGGCGGUGAAGCACUCGGAAACCCCAAAGUGGCUUUUGCUGUCGUCUUCAUCACAGUGUUGGAUGAAAAUGACAACUCUCCAUACUUCAUGUUCCCCACUAUUAACUGUUCAGUGUCAGAAAACCUCCCAGCAUUUACUCAGACAUGUUCUGUACAUGCUGUUGACCACGACUUAGGUCCCUAUGGCCAGCUCACCUAUUCUAUUCUGUCCUCUUGUUUCCUGGACUACGGCAGUGGCAGCCCAGAGAGGAAGGAGGCCUUUGAUAUUGAUCCCCUUACAGGGGACAUUCACACAAGACAAACCUUUGAUUAUGAGCGAGAGAACGAGUACUGUUUUGUGGUUGAGGCAAGGGACAAAGGCGACAAAACGACUACAGUAAGAGUUCAGGUGGCUAUCAAAGGAGUGGAUGAGUUCAGUCCUGUCUUCACCCAGAAGCAGUACCAUUUCAUCCUGCCAGAGAAUGUGAGGCCCGGAGAAACGCUUGGUUAUGUUAUGGCGAUGGACCACGAUGCAGGAGUGGACGGGCUGGUGGAAUACUCCCUUGUGAAUUCAUCCCCGUUUUUCUCGAUAAAUAAAACAAUCGGUGCCAUCUUUGUGUCAGGACCUGUAUACCGCAGAAGAGGAAUCCAUGCCAGUGAGGAAAUGGUGGAACUAACUGUGUCUGCAGGUAGUCCCAGACUAGGCUCCAGGACUACGACAUGUCUGGUUUUUGUCAAUAUCUCCAGCUCAGCUGAAGCACUUAUUGGAGUUCCUCUUGAUACCCACAUGCUUAGUCUAAGUGUAUCAUUAAUUUUGUUCCUCUUUGUCCUGAUCAUCUUCGUCGGCUUGAUUCUCAGGUGCAAAUUUAAAGAAAGUGCUAUUAGAAAGGCAAAUACUAUUGUUGCACACAGGCAUAGUACCACUGGCUCGUUCAGUGGAUCCAACAAUAGAACUCAAGGUGCUAUAUCAUUACAAGAGUUGACACAGUCCAACACAUUGGUCACAAAGAGGGACAUCUCAAAUCCCUACCCUCAGUCGGAUUCAAGCGGCCGUGGAUCAGCUGAGGGUGAGACAGCUGAGGACCAGGAAAUCAAGUGGAUCAAUGAAUACCCCUACCAUAAAAGAGAGGAAUCCUGCAAACAGACCCCAGAGAUUCCAAACUCUGCCUUACAAGUAGAUAGUAUCUCUUACCACUCUAUUGAUGUAGGACCAGAACACAUUCUAUCCCUUAAUAAAUGUUUAGUUACAGGUAUGGCCAGCACAGAAAGUAUCCACACCUUCAGAGAUGAGGGAGGAGGUGAAGGAUUACUUCCGGCAAUACUGAGGGUGAGAGACUUGGAGGAGAAUGUGGGGAUGAAAGGUUUUGCACCUCUCUCUGAAGCCCAGGCAGCUGCCGAUUCUCUGUCUUCACUGGUGUACCUCGAGGAGCAACUGCAGGGCAGCUACAACUGGGACUACCUUUUGAACUGGGAGCCACGCUUCCAGACGUUAGCCUCGGUAUUCACAGAUAUUGGGAUGCUGCCUGAUGAAGAGCUCCAAGGUGGCCGUGAGGACUUGGCGGCAGAGUCGAGUUGUCUCAUGUACCCACCACCUCUCAUAACAAGAGUAGCCCAGCCUGGCAUACGGACUGUCCCUCCACGAAAGCCAGGUCGAAUGGCCAGUCUGAGCAGGAAAUCCUCUUACCCUAAGUAUGCUUAUUCCCCAUUAGCCCGAAACACAGGACUCACCCCAUCAGCUAUGACACCCACGUUUUCUCCAUCUCUGUCCUCGCUCACCAUCCGGACACCGAGCGCUUCACCAGUUGUCUCAGAAAAUGGAGUGGGGGGCAUCAGACUUGACUCAGGCCCUCUCACUGCAAGCCUUUUGGAAGCAGAAAUUCAAGUGUAGACAAAGACUUUAAACAUGUUUGUAUAAAACAGUAUCUCAUCCUAUACUCACCAUCCAAAGCAUUGUAAAGAAUGUUGCACAAUUUGUUUUCUGAUGUUCAUAUUUUUCCUGGACGCAUUUCCAAUGUUAUUUUCCUGAUUUCCAUAGUUUUAGAAUGACUGGUUAGACCCUCUUCAAAGCUUGGCGUACAUUUCAUAUGAAAUAGUGUGGUGAUAUACUACUCUGAUUAAGGUUGAUUUUUAUAACCCACCUCUACAAUAAACCUAAAUUAAUAUCUGAAAAGGCCUGAGCUUUAGCCUGCAUUGCAUUACAUUCUUGUAAUGGAAUAUGUGAAUGAGAGCAGAUGUUCUGGGUACCAAUUAAUUACUGGCUGUUUUAUUGUAAGCAUGUUCAUAUGUGCAUAAAAUGAAACACUUUGUUACAGCAUUGCAUUGCUACUUCUGAAUAGAAACUUUUCCAUGCUUGGUUUAACUUUAAUAACCAAAGAAAGGCUACAUGUUUCUGUGGUUAUGACCAUCAUUAAAAAAUGUUUUGAAUCCAGACAUUAUGAAAAUAAAUUGCGAAC